UCAUAGCUGGGUGGACUCAGAGACAUUCUACUGACUUUAACCCAGAUUCUAACUCUGUUUUUUUUGUUAGCAGCCUAGGGCCCCACCGCUUAGGCCACACCAUCCCAUUUAUUAUUAUAAAGCUGCUUUAUACAUUUGUUUUAUUAUAAAUUAUUGUUCUACUUUCCAGUGAUUGCUCACCAUGGAUGGCAGCAUUAUUGAUGGAGAUGAACUCCCUCUUGUUGAAAUAUUUACUAUAAGCAAUGAGAAAGAGAACAGACUUGACCCAAAUCCUCAGUCUUUCAGAGCACCAGACCUAACAAGUGUUAAGAAAGAAAUCGACUCUGAAAGUGAGAUGAACUGCGAUCCUGACACCAAUAUUGUUGAUAAUAUUGCCACCAGCAGCGAGUUAGUCAAUAAACCUGAGAAUAUAAGUGUUAAGAAAGAAAUUGAAUCAGAAAGUGACACUAACAUGUGUGUUAAGAAAGAAAUUGACCCAGAUAGUGACCCUGACAUUAUUUGGUGA